AUGGAGUGGGCAAAGAACACGUACAAUGACCAGUAUGAGAAGUGGAUGCCUUGGAUCGAGGACAUGUACCUCAAAUGGUUCACAAAGGAUAACAAGGCCAGCUACGCCACCAAAGAAAACCUCAACAAGACAAAAGUAACGGGCGUCGAACAAGUCGAUACUCUCCAAGACGGCGUCAACAACCUCGCCACCGGUCAAGUCGGCCAAGGCGGUCUCCUCCAACCUGUCGGAGACAUGGCCUCUAAGGAGGGCAUCAACCGUACCGAGCGACAAGGCAAGGACGACAAGGGUGGCUACGCACCCGAGAAUAUUCCCGGCUCAGCGGCAGUGAAUAACGCGGCUGGUGCAGUCGUUGAUGGCGGUAAGGCUGCUGGUGGUGUUGUUGGGGGACUGUUUGGCGGUGGCAAGAAGGAGUAG